AUGGUGACUGCAAACCCAUCCCAAGAGCGGCAGCUGCUGCUACAGGCGGAAAAGACCCUAUUACAUCCAAUUCACCCGCAUCUGAUAUCCUACUGCCCUAGCAUGGAUCUUGUUGCAGUAGUCACGGAUGAAGAGAGUCUCGAUGUCUACAGAAUCAACGGCCAAAGAGCUUUUGGUCUGAAAAGAAAGAGCGAGGAUGUGUGCGUCGAUGCCAUGCAGUGGGAAUUCAACGGCAAAAGUAUCGCUGUUAGUUGGAGCGAUGGGAGCACAGAUCUGAUCAGUGCAGAAACAGGCAAGGUUACGCACAAAGAUGUCAUGCUACCGGAUGUCGAAGAAGGAAGUGGUAGCAUGACGGAAGAGGCUCCAGCACGGGUCAAGUGUAUGGGCUGGGGUCUGAACUUCAUCAAUGUCGAUGCUGUAAAAAAGAGGACAGGCUUAAUGUCCAAGACGAAUGGCGCCACUUCUGAAAAGACUGAUGCAUUCGGGAACCCUACAACCGAAGACUGGGAUGCUUUCAAGGACGACACAACGUUGGAGGAUUUUCUGCAGCGACAGCCAGAUUUCCAAACUUUGGAUAUUGCACCCGACCUGCCAGAUCAACUUGCGAUGAUGGACGCGGAAGCGCUAUUGCCCAAGCUUCCUGCGAUACCGCUCCCACCAGCACUACCGUUCAUGCGCAUAUCGCAGGCAGAUUCCGGUGCGUUUGGUUCUCAAGCCGAGGUGGAUUCGUUACUGCAUUCACAUCACUUGAAGGAUCAUAACUCUGUGGACAUGUUCAUCCGUUUGUCUGACCGAGGGACCGUACAUCCAUCAAUAUACGAUUCGCUAGAAACGGUCAAUGUCCAACUGCCAAAGGCAUGGAACACACUACAGAUGCCGCUGUUACAUACAAGCCAUCCAUACAGCUGUACUCACAGCCUUUUGAUGCGGACAAUCUCUGCCGCAUCACCAGCAAGAAAGAGUAUCGCCUUUGUUCCGCUCACCCUCAACUUCAUCCCUACCGCGGGAAUCUACCUCCAUCUCAUAGCCGCAAAAACAUCACAGUUACAGAACCUUCUUCUAUAUAUCACACAAACCCUGCAACGGAUCAGAGCUUUCUUCAAACACGCGCAAGAUUUACCGCGCAAGUUUAUGAUGAACAUCAGCGAAACCCUCGAAGAGAAAGAGCUGGGAGACCUAGUCACGAAUCUGUUCCAUAUAGCAUGUACAGGAAAUUGUAACCCUACAAUGAAAGAAUGGCUGGUCGACGAGUUGGCAGAAGCAGGCCAUAAGCGUUGGGACACGACUGUCACAUCGUCCUUUACAACACUUCUUGCCCUUCUUCACGAGAACCUUAUCCCAGCGUUGGACCGCUGCUCCAUUGUCAUAUCACGUUUGCGCGGUCUUGCGCAGUUUCAUGAUCGAGACUGGAUCUUCAGCGGACCCAUCACCGACUUCUCAGCACUUCUAGAAACGCUGAAAAAUAUGAGGCUGCUCGCUCAUACUGCUAUGCUCUAUGCAACAGAAGAGAAGCGCCAAUUCCACAGCUUCAGCAAGUGGCUGCGUUUCACUAUCGAUUUCCAGGCUACAGAGCCGGAAUCUCAAUCGCGCGUUGAAAUGGAACAACGGGAUCCGGGAGUCGAUGUAUCACAAGUCCUUGCAUAUAUCCAGUAUGGUCUCACCAAAUCUGAUGUUGCUCUCUACUUGGGGCCGGAAGCUCAGUUAGAUCCUAAAAGUCGAGAGAAGGAGGCAGCAAGCUAUGAAGACACAAAGAGGGCGAUUGCGUUAUUGAAAGAAGGCGCGACGUUCAAGGAAGAGGCACUGUGUUUGGAACAUGUACUGCGACAUUUGGCAACAGGUGUAACGGGCUUACUAAAACAAGUGAGCAAAUGGCAGCAGGCCAAUAUUCAAAUGGACUCGGGGCUUGUUCUCGAAGACAUGGGAGCUGAAGAUGAGGAAUCGAACAUUGUGACAGAUAUGCGAAUGGUAUCUGAGAAACCUUCCGACACAGCCUCUUCCGACACCAUAUCAACCUAUAUCCUCUUCUCGUCAAAAUCCACACCAGCCCACUUGCACAUCCACCGCCUCACCCACACCCAGAGUAUAUCCCACCUAGCGCGCGAUCUCCACUCCCACGCCAUAUCCACACUGGACUUUAGCACGGAAACCGACUCCUCGACCAAGAUCCUCGACGCCAAAUUCGCAGAUGACGAAAACUUGCUGGUUCUGUUACAAACCACACAGUCAGAUGGCGACCGCAAGAAACACUCCAAACCAACAAACGUCAUCGUCUCUCUGCCUUGUACACAUACUACUGUGCCGCCACCGAUUCACAAACAGCAGCACCACCAGCACCAGCAUCAAAAAGAACAGCUGAUAUCAUUCACCCCCCUUACUUCCCCCGCUUCAGUCCCAUCUUGCCUGCUCCCUCAAGGCAAACCCGUGUCCCUUUCCUCUCGACACACCAUCCCUGUGGCGCCAGAGGACAUAGAAAAGCACACGCGCCACGUAUUCGAAGGCCGUUUCACGCCCCUCAAGUUGGUGGUUAACGGGCGAAAGGACAGGAGGGUAAUUGUGGUUUUGGGAAGCGACAGGAAGCACUAUAGGAUCUUGGAUAUGGAUUACAGUGUCAAGAAGAAGAGGAGGAAGAGCAAGGUCAGUGCACAUGUGGAGGACGACAACGAUGACGACAGUGGGAGUGAUCAGGAUGGACAUCAAGGGUAUACAAGUCAGCACGUAGAUGGGGAUGUCGAAAUGGGUGGGGCAUAG